AUGUCGUGCCUUCCCUAUGACCUUGGCGGGCCCGGCAAUACGUUGGUUCAAUGCCCUCCCCCAAGGCUCCAUGACGACCUUUGCAGACAUCACCCAUGCCUUCCUAGCUCAGCUUACCACACGUAUGAUAAAGUGAAUCACCCGAUCAACUUGCUUGGGGUGACGCAAAGAAGCGACAAACCGACUAGGAAGUAUCUGGAUAGGUUCAAUGACGAGUGCUUGGAGAUUGACGGCCUGACCGACUCAGUGGCCAGUUUAUGCUUGACGAACGGGUUGCUGAACGAGGAUUCAAAGAAAUACCUUACCACCAAGCCCAUAUGGACAAUGCAAGAAAUAAAAAAUGUGGCUAGGAAGUACAUCAACGACGAAGAGGUUAGCCAGGUCAUGGCAGCCAACAAACGGCAGCCCACCUAUAACCAUGCUCAUCAGCCCGGUAAUGGGGAAAGGCCUAGGGAGCACUCCAAGGACGGAGCUCUAACUAAAACCUUCAAGCCGUUCCUCCGGGUAGAAAAGUUUACCAACUACACCCCGCUGGCAGCCCCAAUUGUCGAAAUCUACCAACAGAUCACCGACAAAGGCAUCCUGUCGAAGCCCCGACAACUCAAGGAUAGAACUGGAGGGAACAAGAACCUCUACUGUGACUAUCACAAGGGCUUCGGCCACAAGACACAAGAUUGUUUCGACCUAAAAGAUGCUUUGGAGCAGAGACAAGAACCCGAGGAGGACAAUGAGCACGGCCUCACCAUUGUGAAUGUUGUGGUCGGGAGAGAUGUGGCUCUCAGGUCAAAGUCGGCAUGCAGGAAGGAUGCCAAAGUCUUGGCAGUGUCAUCAUCUAAUCCCGUGCCUUCCUCCAGGAGGUUCCAGCCAAUAACAUUCGGUCCAGAGGACCAAUGGUUUGACGACAUACCGGAGAACCCUCCUAUGGUGAUCACAGCAAGGGUGGGGACUGGUCUGGUCAGGCGAAUCCUCGUGGACACCGGAGCCGAUUCGAACAUCAUGUUUCGUAACGUGUUUGAUGCUCUGGGCCUCCGGGACACCGACCUGAGGACCCACCAGCACAGUGUGGUUAGCUUGAGUGAUAAAUUUAUUAAGCCUGAUGGAAUAGUCUCUCUGCCGAUCUCCAUAGGAGGAGGCCGAGAGAGGAGGUCGAUAAUGGUGGAGUUCACUGUUCUAAGGGACUCCACAGCCUACAACCUCAUCUUGGGUAGGAAAACCAUCAAUGAGCUCAGAGCAGAGAUUUGUACAAAGCUACUGGUGAUGAAGUUUGUUUCUGAUAACGGGUCAGUUGGAUCUAUUAGGGGAGAUUUGGAAACGACGAUUGCUUGCGACAACGCCAGUCUCUCCCUGAGGAAGAAGUCUAAAGAAGCAUCCAGGGUCUUCUUAGCUGACCUAGACACAAGAGUCGACGAUAAACCCAGGCCAGAACUUGAAGGGGACCUUGAGAAGUUCACGUCGGCGACUCAUAAGGAAAGUUCACCUUCGUGA